AUGCGCUCGAAGGCUUCCCUGCUACCUGUCGCACUCCUGCUCGGCUUAGCCGCGGCGCGCGAUCCGACACACCACCAUGGCCCGUUAACAUGGAUGCGCAAGGCGUCCUCGGCGCUCCAGACGGGAAUCACCGAACAAGCCUGGCUCUGGGGAUGGGCAUGGGGGCCUGAUUCGACUGUAGCGAUAGUCGACCGCUCGCCGCCUGUCACGUUCCUCUCGCGCCCCGCAGGGUUCGGUGCGGAGCUCACGGAUCCAUUGCUGGGAUAUGUCAUACCCUUGAACGCCUUCACCGUCGCCUGCUCCGAAGUCAGCGCGGACACGAAGCUUAAUCGCUCGGCGAAUAUCGGAUGCCCCCCGCUUUGUGUUGUUGGGGAGAAUGUACCGGGCGAGGACGAGCCCUGGAUCGCUUUGGUGCAGAGAGGGGACUGUCAGUUUGUCGACAAAGCUCGCGAGGCGCAACGCCUCGGUGCGAAGGGAGUAGUCGUCGGCGGAGACGAUCCGGAAUUACACGGAAACCCAGACGUACUCGUGAACAUGUACAGUCCUGGUGAUGCGUCGGACAUCUCCAUCGCUGCGACAUUUAUUCGGUUCUCAGAUUAUAUGCAGUUAUACUCCCUCAUCCUCUCCUCGAAUACCUCGCACUCGGGCCUCAAGACGCUUUCGCUGCUUAUAAGCUCCGAGUAUUCUUCCUGGCAAUGGUACUCGCCGAUUGUUACCUUCAUCACCAUCCUCUUUAUCCCCUCCUCCUUGACCUUCCUCACGCUCAUAGUGCACCGUAUACGCGCCGCACGAGCAGCACAACGGGAUCGUGCACCGGCAGAUGUUGUACGUGGUCUACCUUGGCGCGUGUGGACUGGCUCAGGCUGGGAGAAACACGACGGCGAACCGGUCGGCGCAGGACAUGUCGAUCUUGAGCGAGGAGAGUGCUCAGCACAUGCCAGUGAGGACGCGGACCCUGCAUGGUUCGCUUCGCAGGUUGAAUGCAUCAUCUGUCUCGAGAACUUUGCGAAGGGAGAUCGUGUGAGGGUGCUGCCCUGUAAACAUAUCUUCCAUCUCGAGGAGAUCGACGAGUGGUUGAUGACGCGGAAGAAGCUGUGCCCUGUGUGUAAGGCCGACGUGACAGUUCACAGAUCGCCCCACGCCGCUUCUGAACUUUCACAUACUCAGUCUGUCGUAGAAGCACCUACUGCUGACCUUGCUUCGGAACAUGCGGUUGAUGAACGGACGCCUCUCCUUCGUUCGAGUUCGCCGUCUUCGUAG